AUGUCGUUGACAGAAUCAUUAGGAAAAUUGAUCUACAAAGCUCUGGAUUGGGGAAUCGAGAGUUAUAUGGAGAGAGAGCUGAGUGAGUCUCUGGCAAAGCUAAUAACAUUAAUGCUCAAACUGAACGCAGAAACCUCCAACACCACAGUUGCUUUACAGGAUAUCUGUGAGGAUCACUUUCACAAACCAUCGGAAGCUGCCAGUCAUUAUACAACCAUCUGCCAAAUGCUGUUCUCUGAGUACAUUGAGCUUCAGAAACUUACGUUAACCAUACAGAGUUGCAAAGAGUAUUUGGGAAGAAUGGAUGUGGAAGACUGUUCUGCCAGACAGAAGACAAACAAUUCGAAAAGCAUGAGACUACAGAAGGUUAUGGGGCAAACUCUGCACAGCAUUCCUCCAGGAGAAGGUAUCCUUUCAUCCUACAGUAUGGUGGUAGAUGAUAUCAAAAACAAACGCUACAGCCUCCAUGCAGUUUCAGUAUGGAAAUUGAAAGAGAAGACCAGUCAAGAGUUCAGCCUGCAUGAGAAGCUUAUGAUGGAAGUGAAAAAUCCACCUAAACUUCAACCAAUCUUUGAACAGAAAAGUAGCAACAAUUAUAAGGGAGAUACUCAGAAGUUCGUCUUGAAUUCUCCAUGUAAUAGUAUCAUCUCUGAACAAAACAUCAGCAUUAACUUCUCAAAAGCUAAAAAAACACAACUGAGCUGCACUCACUCAGAUUUGGAACUAAAAACAAAGCUAGGAAAAUUAUGUGAGGAUGGUGGAUCAGAAACAAAGAUGUCUAUGCCAGUCAGACCUUGUGUACGCCUUCCACUUCACUUCUUUAAAAUGAUACACCUGGGCAAAGAAGAUGAUCAGGGCCUGCACAACCAAAAAACUGCACAGCUUGAAGUAGAACAGUGGGAUUCAUCAAGAAUACCUCUUGUGUUUGAACCCCAUUGCUUAACACCACCCUUUGCCUGCCGCAUAAAAAGUAUGAGGGAUUGGCCUUCUAUGGACAUCUGUAUCAAAUGUGAGCAAUACCUUCUGGAGAUGCUGUCCCAUCAUUCUCCUUGCAGAAAAAGACGCCUGUCAUGGACUGAAUUGGAAUAA